AUGGACAUCGUCCUCCCAGGGACGCCCGAGAAAAUAUAUAACCUCAUGUUCGCGAGCGCGUUUAUAAAAGAGUUCAUGGCCGUCGAUCAAAAGCUCAUGGACAUCCAGGUUUCCGAUUGGACGCCGGUCGAACCUGGGUCAAAGCUUCUGACGCGCAACAUGUCCUAUAUCAAGCCGCUCAACGGCAGCGUCGGGCCAAAGCAGACGAAGUGCGAGCUCCGGGACGAACUCGUGCACUGCGAUUACGAGGAGUCGGUCACGACGGUCACCACGACGCGCACGCCGGAUGUCCCGAGCGGCGGCGUGUUCUCGGUCAAGACCUUGACAUGUAUCACCUGGGCGAGCGCUGUGUCCGUGCGCGUCCUCGUCACGACGCAGGUCGAGUGGACCGGGCGCAGUUUCAUCAAGGGCAUCAUCGAGAAGUCGUGCAUCGAUGGGCAGAAGACGUACCACGCCGACCUCGACAAGGCGAUGCGCGCGUACAUCCAGGAGCACCAGUCCGAGUUCGUCCCCGCCGGUGUCGACGCUGCCGCGGUGGCAGCUGCGGUCACGACCGUGCCUCUAGCGCCCGACGGUGUCGCCGAUGGGCGUACUAGCGCCGAGAAGCAGCGCGAGCAGGAGCGCAACCAGCGCAGCUUGCAAUGGGCCUGGGACACCUUCGACGGCGCGUGGCACGUCGCGUCGAGCUCGACGAAGGGCGCCAUCGCGCUCAUCCGCGACUCGUGGGAGCAGAGCAGCUCGACGACGGUGCUCUACUUCAUCAUCGUGAUGCUCGUGCUCAGCAACGUGUGGACGCUCAUGCGUAUGGGCUCGCGCGAGGAGGUCGGCCGGCGGAAGGAGAUGAAGAAGAUGGAGGAGCGCGAGCGCUGGGUACAGGGCGUCGUCGGUGCCCUCUGGGACGAGAUGGCGAGUACGAGGGCGGGUAUCGGGGCACCACCGGUCAUUCUGCCGCGCGCGGGCAAGGCGCGCUCGCCCGACGAGCCGGUGUCGGUCGAGGACGAGGUCUCCGCGCUGCAUAGGACAUUGGACGAGGUCGAGUCGCGCGUGCGGGCGAUUCGCGGCCAGUUGGACUCUCUGGAUCUGAAUACGUUGGAUUAG